ACCAGUACGGGUUCACCUGACUCGAUACAUCACUUCAAACAACACAGUGGGGAGGGUGGUACGCUUAUCUGGAGACUUGUAUAUAUAGUCCACCGACCGUGUCCAACAAUCAUCAUUCAUCGAGAUCGCUUCCAACAAUCAACACUCGACAUGAAAUUCGCAACAGCUCUAGUCACUUUGGCGGUCGUAGCCCUCGUCCGGGCCGACGUGUCCAGCGCCGACAAGAAGACAACGAAACACGAAAAGAGGAGCUUGGGCGGUUACGGGUCUGGAUUAGGACUUUCCGGUCUCGGCUACAGCUCUGGACUAAGCUACGGCUCCGGUCUCGGCUACGGUUCUGGUCUCAGCCACGGAUCCAGUCUCGGCUACAGCUCCGGUCUCGGCUACAGCUCCGGUCUCGGCUAUGGAUCCGGUCUGGGCUACAGCUCAGGUUUGAAAUACGGUUCCGGACUGGGCUAUAGCUCAGGUCUUGGAUACGGUUCCGGUCUGAGCUCCGGCUACGGUCUGGGAAUCGGUUCUGGUUUGAGCUACGGUUCUGGACUAGGAUACUCCGCUGCUGCCCCCGCACCGACAACCGGCCCCCUCAUUCCGAUCUCCAAAGAAGUUCACAUCAUCAACCGACAUGCCCAACCGGUGUCCGCCCCGUACCCAGUGCCAGUAACCCAUGACGUCCCCGUACCCGUGCCACACGCAGUGCCCUACCCGGUCGACAAGCCAUACCCAGUCCAUGUGCCCGCCCCAUAUCCAGUCCCAGUCGAAAGGCCCGUCCCGUACGCAGUCGACAGACCUGUUCCCCAUCCAGUGCCAUCGCCUUACCCAGUCCCAGUAGUCCGUGACGUGCCAGUUCCAGUGUCCAAGCCGUACGCAGUUCCAGUAGUUAAACAAAUCCCCGUACCAGUGGCCACUCCAGUCAUCGUGCCCGCCGUCCACCACUCUGCACCAUUGAUCUCUUCCAGCUACAGCGCCGGACUUGGAUCGUCUGCACUUGGAUACGGUUCUGGUUACGGUUCCGGAUACGGUUCCAGCUACGGUUCCGGUUACGGACUUGGGUCUUCUGCCAUCGGUUACGGUGCAUCUUCAUACGGUUCCGGUAGCCUGUACAGCGGAUCUUUGGGAUACAGCAGUGGAGGUCUGUCUUCAUAUGGACAUGGCGCCCACAGUUUCGAUUACAAGAAAGCAACAGCUCUAGUCACUUUGGCGGUCGUAGCCCUCGUCCGGGCCGACGCAUCCAGCGCCGACGCGAAGACAACGAAACACGAAAAGAGGAGCUUGGGCAGUUACGGGUCUGAAUUAGGACUUUCCGGUCUCGGCUACAGCUCUGGACUCAGCUACGGCUCUGGUCUCGGCUACGGUUCUGGUCUCAGCCACGGAUCCAGUCUCGGCUACAGCUCCGGUCUCGGCUACAGCUCCGGUCUCGGCUACAGCUCAGGUUUGAAAUACGGUUCCGGGCUGGGCUAUAGCUCAGGUCUUGGAUACGGUUCCGGUCUGAGCUCCGGCUACGGUCUGGGAAUCGGUUCUGGUUUGAGCUACGGUUCUGGACUAGGAUACUCCGCUGCCGCCCCCGCACCAACAACCGGCCCCAUUGUUCCAAUCUCCAAAGAAGUUCACAUCAUCAACCGACAUGCCCAACCAGUGUCCGCCCCAUACCCAGUGCCAGUAACCCAUGACGUCCCCGUACCCGUGCCACAUGCAGUUCCCUACCCGGUCGACAAGCCAUACCCAGUCCAUGUGCCCGCCCCAUAUCCAGUCCCAGUCGAAAGGCCCGUCCCGUACGCAGUCGACAGACCUGUUCCCCAUCCAGUGCCAUCGCCUUACCCAGUCCCAGUAGUCCGUGACGUGCCAGUUCCAGUGUCCAAGCCAUACGCAGUUCCAGUAGUUAAACAAAUCCCCGUACCAGUGGCCACUCCAGUCAUCGUGCCCGCCGUCCACCACUCUGCACCAUUGAUCUCUUCCAGCUACAGCGCCGGACUUGGAUCGUCUGCACUUGGAUACGGUUCUGGUUACGGUUCCGGAUACGGUUCCAGCUACGGUUCCGGUUACGGACUUGGGUCUUCUGCCAUCGGUUACGGUGCAUCUUCAUACGGUUCCGGUAGCCUGUACAGCGGAUCUUUGGGAUACAGCAGUGGAGGUCUGUCUUCAUAUGGACACGGCGCCCACAGUUUCGAUUACAAGAAAUAAAACACUCGAAUGAUUCGCCUGCCUUGCAGCACUACACUGCAUUGACGAAGAUUAUACUUAAGAUUUAUAUUGUACCGUGUAUAUUGUGUAUACACAUAUUAUGUUCUUAGACAAUUAUUACAAUUUUGUUUAUAUAUAUUUUCAAAUUUGUUAAUAACCGAUAGUUAUUGACUGAAAUUAAAUAAUAAAUGUUUUUUAUACUAUA